GGCGGCGGGGCCUAGGGGAGGGCGGCCCUUCCUUUGAGCCGGAAGUGAAGGCGGAGGGCGGCGGAGGGGCCAGGCUGGGCCGGCCUGGGCCCUGUCGGCGGCCAGCCGGGCACUGUCCGCCCCCGCCCCGCCGGGCCGCCAUGCACGGCGGGGAACCCGCCUCGGCCACGAGGGGGUCGGAGAGCGAGGGCAAGCUGGAGGGCCCGGUCUCCCCGGCGGCCGCCCACGGCAAGAACGGCGGCAGCGACGGCGGCCUCGGCACGGUCCCGACCGGCAGCGGGCCCGGAGCUGGAGGAGGAGGAGGCAACGGAGGAGGGGGCGGCAACGGAGCAGGAGGUGGCCGAGGAAACAGCGGAGGCAACGGGACGAAGUGUUGGCUGUUCAGUGACCACCUGGAGAGCGUGUGUGGCUACCUGAUGAAAUAUACCAACCUCGUCACGGGCUGGCAGUUCCGGUUCUUCGUGCUGAACAACGAGGCGGGCCUGCUGGAGUACUUCGUGAACGAGCAGUCGCGGAACCAGAAGCCCCGGGGCUCCCUGCAGCUGGCCGGGGCCGUCAUCUCGCCCAGCGACGAGGACUCGCACACCUUCGCCGUCAACGCCGCCAGCGGCGAGCAGUACAAGCUCCGAGCCACAGACGCCAAGGAGCGGCAGCACUGGGUGAGCCGGCUGCAGGUCUGCACGCAGCAUCACACCGAGGCCAUCGGGAAGAACAACCCCCCGCUGAAGUCGCGCAGCUUCUCCCGGGCCUCGCCGGGGAACGGCAGCUCCCCCGUCGCCCAGCGGCGGCCCAGCCAGUCCGCCUCCGCCGGGAGCCUGGCCGGCCCCCCGGCCCACGCCCGCCCGCUGCCCGCCGCCCGCGGGGAGCCGCUCCAGCUGGACCACCUGGUCCAGGUCCAAGAGAUGAUGACCCACGCCAAGGGGCAGCAGAGGGACCUGACGAAGACCAUCGAGGGGCUGCCCGCCUCCGGCCACCUCAGCGCCCUGGACCAGGACCUGCUGCUGCUCAAGGCCACGUCGAUGGCCACCCUCGGCUGCCUGGCCGACUGCUUCCACAUCCUGCAGCUCCAGCACGCCGCCCACCAGAAAGGGGCCCUCCUGCCCCCCGGCCCGGCCGUCGGCUGGCCGGACCCGCGGGGUCCGCUGCCGGACCGCUACGAGAACGGAGCCGACGGAUCCCCGGUGGCCGGGCCCGAGAAGCCGGGGGCCGCCCCGGAGGACCAGGCGGCCCCGGGGGCCGGCCUCUCGGAGAGGGCCCCCGAGGAAGUGGACCCGGACGAGGAGGUGGAGGACGCGGGGGAGGACGAGGAGGACGACCUGGGCACCGUGGAGGAGCAGCGGAGUGUCAUCUUGCACCUUCUGUCCCAGCUGAAACUUGGCAUGGACUUGACCCGGGUGGUGCUGCCCACCUUCACCCUGGAGAAGCGCUCGCUGCUGGAGAUGUACGCCGACUUCCUGUCGCACCCGGACCUGUUCCUGGCCAUCCCCGGCGGGCGCACGGCCGAGGACCGCAUGGUCCGCUUCGUCCACUACUAUCUGACCGCCUUCCGCCAGGGCCGCAGAGGGGCGGUGGCCAAGAAGCCCUACAACCCCAUCCUCGGGGAGACCUUCCACUGCUCGUGGAGGGUGGCCCGCCCCGCGCCCCCCGCCGCGGACGGGACCCCCGCCGCGGAGCCGGGCAGCUACACCGUCCGCUUCGUGGCCGAGCAGGUGUCCCACCACCCGCCCGUGUCCGGCUUCUACGCCGAGUGCCCCGAGCGGGGCGUGAGCGUCGGCGCCCACGUCUGGACCAAGAGCAAGUUCCUGGGCAUGUCCAUCGGCGUGACCAUGGCCGGCGAAGGGCUCCUGAGCCUGCUGGAUCACGGCGAGGAGUACACGUUCACCCUGCCCUCCGCCUACGCCCGCUCCAUCCUCACCGUCCCGUGGGUGGAGCUGGGGGGGAAGGUCGGCAUCAACUGCGCCAAGACCGGCUACUCGGCCAGCGUCGUCUUCCACACCAAGCCCUUCUACGGGGGCAGAGUGCACCGGGUCACGGCGGAGGUGAAGCAGAACCCCGGCAACGCGGUGGUGUGCCGGGUACAAGGGGAGUGGAACAGCGUGCUGGAGUUCACCUACAGCAACGGGGAGACCAAGCAGGUGGACCUCACCAAGCUGCCCGUCACCCCCAAGAGGGUCAGGCCCCUGGAGAAGCAGGGGCCCUACGAAUCCAGGCGUCUGUGGAGCCGCGUGACCGAGGCCCUGCGGGAGUCUGAGCUGGACAAAGCCACGGAGCACAAGCGGGUCCUGGAGGAGCGGCAGAGGAGCGAGGAGCGCCACCGCGCCGAGACGGGCACCCCCUGGCACACCAAGUACUUCCUGCCGGAGGGCGACGGCUGGGUCUAUCGCAAGCCCCUGGGGAAGACCGCUCCGAAGCCCCAGCCGGACGACUGACCGCCCGACCUCCGCUGGGCCGCCACGGCCGCGUCCCGUCCCCGCGCCGCGCGGUUCCCCCCGGCUUCCCGCCCCGCCGCGGGGGUCCCGGGGACGGACCGGGCGGCCCGUCGGCCCGGGCGGGGGCGGAGGAGGGGCGGCCCUCGCCUCCUCCCCCCACCCCGGCCGGAAUCAGUGUCAGAGAGGGAGCGGGCGGGGCCCGGUGCCUCUCUCCUCUCCCCUCUCCCCUCGCCCCCUCGCCCCCUCGCCCCCUCGCCCCCUUC